AUGUCAGUGAACGAUCAGAUAACUCAUAUAGGGAAAACAUUGUCCACAACGGCGUCCGCCUUUCUAAGUUAUCAAAAAUCAAACAGCAACACUCAGGAUGUACUAACCAAUAGCGGGCCUUACAAGAACUUGUUAUCCACUACUGUCAAUAAUACAAAUUCAGCUUCGUACCUUCAGAAGAGGAAUGAACGGAUACCUCUUAUAAGAAAUGGUUCUUACACUUUCGAAGAUGUUUACUCAAAGACGAGAAGAAGCGAUGUAUUCAAAAAUAAGUUUACAGACAACAAAACAUGCUUCAGAAUGUCCACAUACAUAAGCGACGAUUUACUGAAUGAAAUUCCCACUAGGGGAAGCCCAAAGGGCAACACUGAUGACAAGCUUCUAACAGGAAAGGGAGAGGGUGAAACAUCUUGGAAAAACGCACCCAAGAAAGAAUCAUCCUUGUUCCAAGGCUUCAAAAGUUAUCUACCAAUAGCCGAGCUUGCUAUCGAAAACACUGAAAAGUUAACAUAUGGCACGAAUGAUAUGGAUGAUGCAGGAAAUGUUUUGUCCAAGAAAUCAGAACGAGAGGACGUGGUCACUGACCUACCUAACUUCCAAGAUUCAUUCCUCAUACCGCCGGGAGUGGAAACGAAAAAAAUAAGUUCCUCUUAUUCCCCUACUGCAUUGAAAAGUUUUUCUCAAACACUUGUAAAUAGUUUAGAAUUUUUGAAUAUCCAAAAGAAUUCUACAUUAUCCGAAGUAAAGGACAUUGAUCUUGAAAUUGAGGGCCUAAGGCAAACAAAGGAGAAAUUGUUAACAAAGAUCGCCAAUAUAGAACAGAACCAAUUUCUUUUGGAAGACAAUCUUAAGCAAAUUGACGAUAGAAUGGAUUUCCUAGAAGAAUAUGGACUGGAAAUAAUCGAAGCUAGUAGUGAUGAAAAUGCAGAAGAUCCUAGUAUAGGUGAGGGAAUAACUUCCAAGAACGGUGGCAAAAGUAAUGACACAACAAAAAGUAUGACGUCAGAAACUUCCAACCUUCCCCCAAGAACAAAACAGCAGCUUCGAAAAGAUAACUCAUCCAAACUAGGAGCAUUUUAUAACAAAACCAGAAAGAAACAUAGAAAAAGUUUCCCAACGUUCCAACACCUUUAUGAACCGGGAACAAAAAUCGGUUCUAUAGAAUCCGCACACGAUGAUUUCAUUACUUGCUUAGAUUUUGAUGGGCCCUUCGGCACCUUGUGUACAGCCGGAUAUCUCGAUCAUACUGUAAAAAUUUGGGAUUUAUCCAAACGAAAGAAAAUUGGGGAGUUAGCUGGGCAUCUUGCUACAAUUAAUUGUAUGCAAAUCGAUCGUGACUACGGGACGCUUGUUACAGGUGGUAGAGACGCAGCUUUAAAACUAUGGAACUUGAAUUUAGCCGAACAGCUUUACCAAGAAACUCAAAAUCUCACCUGUCCCGCUAGUCAAAUUGAUUCUCCAUGUGUCUUUACAUUUGAAGCUCAUAUUGACGAGGUUACUGCAUUAUCAUUGGAUCCCAAUUUCUUGGUAAGUGGUUCGCAAGAUAGAACCAUUAGGCAAUGGGACUUAUGUUCCGGGAAAUGUAUGCAGACCAUUGAUUUGAGUUUUGCUAAUGUCUUGACAACCGCUACCAAUGUAGAUUUGUCAAAGAGCACUCUCCUUACCCAAAGAAGUGAGAGGCCUACUAUAGGUGCACUACAGAGUUUUGACGCAGCAUUGGCUACAGGUACAAAGGACGGUAUUGUGAGAUUAUGGGAUUUAAGAUCCGGCAAAGUAAUACGUACUUUGGAAGGGCAUACAGACGCCAUAACAUCAUUGAAGUUUGAUUCUGCGUGCUUAGUUACCGGUUCAUACGACAGGACAGUCAGGGUCUGGGAUUUGAGAACUGGAUUGUUGAGCAAGUUUCAUGCAUACAAUGCGCCCGUGUUAUCUUUAGAUUUCUUUCAGGACAACGCUGCAGUCGUCGUGUCAAAUGCAACAUCUAUUCAUAUUUACGAUAGCAACAAGGAUGAAAGCUGGCCCUGUGUCGAAAAAGGCGACGAAGUGAACGUUACUGCCGUUAAAUACAAAGAUAACUACAUGCUCGAGGGUCGCGGGAAUGGAGACGUGCAUAUUUGGGCAGUCUAA